UAUUGUUGGCUAAAUAUGUUUUAUAUAAAAUGAAAGAAACCCUUUUAUAAAAGCUGCUAAACUGUUUGGCCGUCACUCUCUUCUCAAAUCUCAAUCUCACACUCACAGGCACCUUCUCCCCUAAAUUUCUCUCUUCUCUGAUUCUUCGUUGCUCUCCGCAGUCAGUCGGCACUUGGCUCCACCAGGAAUGGAUCAUUAGCAAGUAUUUGGUAUUUGCUUCUCCAAGCUUCAACAGUAGAAAUAGACAUGGCUGAAGAGAAAGAAGGAACCAACCUACUGGGUUCUCCAACUUUCAAAGUUCUCGAUAAUGGCCGCUUCAAGUGUGUUGAGACAGGUCAUGAAGUUUUGGACAAAGACAAGGACUCCUACUCCAACAGCAAACGGUGUCGUUUAGGGCUCAUCGACUAUGCUGUCUCCCACAAGAAGCCUCCUCUUAACGUUUUCAAGCAAGACCCUCUUUCACGUUCGAAGCUGGUAUGCAAUAUAACUGGAGAUACAGUUAAUAAGUCCGAGGAACAUAUCUGGAAACAUAUAAAUGGGAAACGUUUCCUGAAUAAACUAGAGGAAAUGGAAACACAAAAGCUAAAUCCCAAUGGCAUGGUUGAGGAAGUUUCACCAGAAGGAUCUAAUCAUGCCAAAAAUGUUGAGAAAAAAAAGAACAAGAAGAAGAAGAAGAAGAAGAAAAAGAGGAAGGACAAGCCUGUUGAGGAGAUUAUAUCUGCAAUUAGAGAGCCUUCUGAUGUAGAAAGUGAUUUAGAAGAGGCUGAAUUUUGGAUGCCUCCUUUGGGAGAACGUUGGGACUUUGAUGAUGGCGGAGACAGGUGGGGUUCAGAUUCAGAGUCUGAGCAUGAAAGUGAUGUAGUUGAUGAGAAUGCUGAUGCAGUUGACGACGACGAUGAUGAUAAUUGUAAGGAGUUAGAAGAACUUUCUACGGGAAAUGUAGUUGAAGAUGAAGACGAUGAUAAUAAAGAGUCGGAAGAACUUUUGACAAGAACCAAAAGAAUGUCCAUAGAAAUUGGACCAAGCAACUUUGCCUCAAAAAAGAAGAAAAUUAAGAACACUGAGUGUUGAUAUGCUGUAUUUUCUUAGCUUUAAUUAUUUAAUUUCUGGUUUAAAAUUACUUUUCAAAUGCGACUCGUAACAGUGACUGACAAAUCUAGAAGACUAACUCGAACAAAUUAGCAAGUGUAUAACAAAGAAAUGACGAAGCACCAGGUACCGCGAUUCAAAAGAGACUAGAUGGGAGUUGGCUACAAUGAAAAUUAAAUCACACACCACAAAUUUCAUCAAGAGAAUUUGACAAACUUAUUUAAUUUGGAUGAAAUGUAUUGCAGCAUUUACCUCAACAAAUCUGUUGAAUUAUUGAUUAUGAGAGACUCUUAUUUCCGUAUUAGCCAAAACAAUGUCGAAUGCAUGAGAAGAAAAAUGGCCACUGGGUGAGAUUGGGAUCGUGAUUGUAUUAUUUGUUGUCGUAGUAUUUUGAGGCUUUCAAUCUAUUUUCUUUUUUCUGUGUU